AUGUCGACAACUCAGUUUGGCGGGCCCGGCUCGGCCUUCUCUUUCGCGGCCCCGACCAGGCCAUCUCGUCGCACCAACAGCUCGAGCUCGUUCAAGGAUGCCGCCGCCUCGAGCCCGACUGCUAACGGCACUUCCUCCCACUCGAGCGGGCCUGCUCCCGUCGAUCCGCCCGCUGCGCCCUCGCUGGGUUCGUUCUCGCCCUCACACGAACGAGAGAACGCCCUUUCGCCAAACGGCACGAGCGGAGGAGACGCAGGAUCUGCCCGCUCCUUCUCCAGCAUCCUCUCGCCCUCUCUCUCUGCCGCAGCGAACGGCGGCUCACUCGGCGAGGCCAGCGGAGCGUCGGGGAAGGGCAAGCCGUUUGUGUACACGCGCGAGUUCCUGCUCAGCCUGUACGACGAGGAGAAGGCAAAGAAGCGCCCGCUCGAACUCGCCGCCCACGAGACUGCGACGCGGGAGCUCACCGGGUCUUCUGGCGGAGCGCAUAAACCGUGGCUGUUGCAGGAGUAUCGCGAGGGCGAGAAGGAGCUCUUUGCGACCUCGAUCCACCCCGCCAACAACCGCCCGUCGCGCAUGAACCGCAACGACUCUUCCCUCUCGACAGGCGGUGCGAACGGUUCCUCCUCGACCCUCGACCUCUCCACCCUCGGCACGCUCCCUCGCGACCGCGACCGUGCUCUCGGCUCGCCUUCCAUCCGCUCGCCGAGUAUCGAGAAGGAGGGUGUGCUCGGUAGUGCUGGACGUGAGCGCCGCACGAGGGAACGCUCGUCCGGCGCGACGAUGGGCAUCAUGGGCGGCGUCCUUGGCGGAAUUGCUGCCAGUACGCCUACUCGCAAGCGCGAGGAGAGCAGCGGGAGCGCCACGAAGGAGGGCGUUUGGCAAGGCGGGAGGUGGAGGCGGAACGCACAGGAGGCUGAGGAGGCUGAGAAGCAGCGCUCCUCGGCUUUCGGCUCGCGCCGCUUCCCGCUCGCUGAGGACGAGUCGAGGCAGCCGUCUCUCUCGACUGGCGCCGCUGAGCCUGUCGCCGAGUCGUGGGAGGACUCGACUCGGCCCGGAGACGUCGAGAAGCGUCAGCAAGGCUCUUCCGCCUUGAACGGGACCAGUCUCAACGAGGCGAACGAGCCGGACGUGACCGCCUCCGUCCUCGGCUCCCUCGCUCUCGAUUCGGACCCUGUCGACGAGCCGCUCCUCCGCAAGCCGUCGGACGGUACCGGCACGCCUUCUCGCGUCGCUCCGCCUCCCGGCCUCGGCAGUCUCCCGCCUGCGGACGUCAUGUGGCAGUACCGCGACCCGUCCGGCCAGGUCCAGGGUCCGUUCUCCGCGACGAUGAUGCACGACUGGUACCGCCAGCAGUUCUUCACGCCCGACCUUCGCGUCAAGCGCACGACCGACGCAGACUUCGAGUCGCUCGAGAACCUCGUUCGCCGCACGGGCGACAGCGAGAAGCCGUUCCUCGCGCCUUCUCCGAGGGCAAUUGGCACGGCAUCUGCCUUCUCGAGCGCUCCUGGCACGCCGCGUCCCGGCUCGGCAUGGGGUUCGACGCCGGUAGGCAGGGCGCAGACGCCGCUCGAGCAGCUCACGUCCGCCGUCAGCCAGGGUCGGUUCGGUGCCGCCGCAGCUUCAGCCAACUCGCCCUUCUACGAGCCGUUUGGGAGCGCUUCCGCCAGCCCCGCCCCGCAGGCGCAGACUCUCCAGCAGUCGUUCAGCCAGUCGCCUGCUCCUCAAGCCGCUGUCGACCCGUGGGGCGCUCCCCUCCCCUCGGCGCCCGGCUCAUCGUGGAACGGCGUCGCUCAGCAGCAGCAACAGCAGCAGCAACAGCCGCAGACGCCGAACGCGCACGCGCCUUUGCAGUCGCCCAUGGACAUCCUCCGCCAGCUCGCUCUCCAGCAGCACGGCCUUCCCGGCCAACAGCAGCCGUUCGGCCAGCACGGUCAUCCUCUCGACGCUUUUGGUCGUCCUUCGCCUCUCCCCGCCUCGCCCUUCUUCGACCCUUCCCAUCUUGCGGCCGCUUCCCCCACCGCCUGGAUCGGUCAGCAGCUUCCUCAGCAGCAGGCGCAGCAGGCUCAGCACCCCUGGGCAUCUCUCACUGGAGCCAGUGCUCCGACUGCCGCAAUCGGCUCGCCCUUCGCCCAGUUCGCCCAAAGUCCCGCCGCUGCGCCGUCGGUCCCCGAGCCUAUCGGUACCCCCUCCGCCCAGCCGUCCGCCGCUCAGUCGUCGGCCGCACAGCUCUCGCCAUGGGGUGAUGUGCAGCAGCAGCAGCAGCCUCAGGCGCCUGUCGUUGAGGUGAAAGAGACGGUCAUCGUCGCCGAGUCCGAGACUGCCGCCGCACCUGCUGCCGUUGCCGUCGUCGUUGAGGUUCCGGCGCCGCAGCAGAACAAGACCGAGGCGAGGAAGAGCAAGGCUGCUGCCAAGGCGUCAUCGCCUAUCGCCGCCCCUCAGCAGGUCGACGCUCCCGCCGUUCCCGAGGCCGAGUCUUCGCCUUCUCCCGCUCCGUCAGCUUCGUCGAAGGCCGCCGCAGCCGCGCCGUGGGCCAAGGAGGACGUCGUUGCUGCCGUCCCGGCCAACCCGUCUCCUUCGCUCCGCGAGAUCCAGGAGGCCGAGGCGCGCGAGGCCGCGAAGCGCAAGGAGGCCGCCCGCAUCCAGGCUGCGCAGGCCAACAUUCAAGCUGCCCAGCGCGCCGCCGCUCUCGAGGCUCAGGCCGCCGCCGAGUCGCUCCCGCCCUCCGCUUCGUGGGCUGCCGGUCCUGCUCAGGUCCCCGCCCCGAAGCCUACCGCAUCUUCGUCUGCCGCCAACGCGAACGCCUCGGCUGCCGCGCCCUGGAGCAAGCCGGUCGCUGCUCCCGUUCCCACCGUCGCGAAGGGCCAGAAGACGCUCAAGGAGAUCCAGGAGGAGGAGGAGCGCCAGAAGAAGGCCAAGCUCGCGGCACAGCAGCAGCAACAAGCCGUCGCCGGUGUAGUCGGUCGCGGCUACGCUGGCAGCGUCGCUCAGGCUGCUCCCGUGAGCAACUCGCCCUGGAUCACUGUCGCCGCUAAGCCGACCGUCGCUCGUCCCGCCGCACCUGCCGCCAAGCCCGUCGUCCCCGGCCUUCCUGGAAGCUCAACCUCGGCGACGUCCGCCCGCACGCCUGGCAGCACCGGUCUUCCCGUCAAGCCCCCCGCGCCUGCGCCUGCUGCUGUCCGCCCCGCUGCUCCGGCUGCCUCUGCGUCGGUCAAGAUCGUCGCUCCGCGGAGCAUCAACGUCGCAACUCCUUCGCCGGCUGUGUACGACAUGGAGAACCCGCCUCCUCCUUCGCCCGAAUUCCUCUCGUGGACCAAGCAGGCGCUCAAGGGCUUGAAUGUUCCUCUCGAGGAGUUCGUUCAAAUGCUGCUCUCGUUCCCGCUCGAAGCCUCUGCCGACGUCCUCGAGAUCAUCUCCGACUCUGUCUACGCCAACUCGUCAACUCUCGACGGCCGCCGCUUCGCCAACGACUUCACGACCCGCCGCAAGAAUGACGUCGCCGUCCGCUACCCGUCCAUCUUUGCCAAGGGCGCCGUCCGGACCGCUGCGGGCAAGCCCCCGAGCAUGGCUGCCGUUCUUGCAUCCGCGCCCGCACAACCGCAGCAGGAGUGGAACGUCAAGGUCUCGGCGAAGAAGAAGAAGGGCGGCAAGUAA